ACACCGACUGAUAUUCGGCCGGUCGACCUCUUGACGGGCACACACAAGUACUUAUGUCCUCUGGACAGAAUAUUUUCAAGCCGAGUUUGUUUACGUUGAUUUUGAUGGUUUUACUAGUGCAUAAUUGAUUUAUACAGUGGCUUUGUGGGCGAGCCAUCGAUCAAAAGUUGAGUUUCCGAGGAAAAAGUGUCAAUUUUCAAGAAUUUACGAGUGUUUACAUUUCACACAUGCUCCUCAAAAUGGCAAUGUAUUCAGUUUAUAACGCAGUGAUUAUAUUAAUGUUUAGUUCGUUCAGGCCUGAAGCACAUAAUUAUUACGCCAAUCGUGACCGAAAAACCGAACAGGACUGCGAUGUGAAAGUGCCAAGUGUUAUAAUUUUAUUUUAGGAUAAUAUGAGUACGUUUAAUGUCGCAGACAAUAAGGCACAUUUGAAAGAGGAUUGCUUUAUCAACCGACAUGUAAAUGCUAAGCGGAAUUUAAUUACUUUAUCGAAUCAAUGGAAUUUCGAUUUUACUCUGAUGAUACGUACAUGGCCUUUUAUUUCGUCGGAUCAAUUUAAGAAUUUUAUCGUCGCAAUAAUAAAGUGAUUUUAGUAUUUAUUGUGAUGAUUCGUCUUUCCCUGUUUUUGCAUGAACCGGAGCAUGAUAGCUUUAAUUAAAAUUAUCCUGGAUCAUAAAAUUGCGAGGAGUUCUCUAAUUUCAAACAAUCACAAAUUCAAUCGCGUUAAAACGAUCAAAAAAAAAAUAACUUUCAAAUGCAACGAUUCUAGCUUUGUUGAAAAUGACGGCACCGGCCGUAAGAGGCGAUCGGACCUCGUGGCGGAUUACGAUCUUGACGGACUUGAUUCGGACGAUCAUUCGGCGAUCAGCAUAUACGAUUCCGAUCUAGAAGAGCCUUGUGUGCGAGAAUUCAUGCCAGAGUUGACGACUGCUGACAAAUCAAUGGUACAAUCCACCAAUACAACAGUGCAGAAUUGGGUAAAUACUGCAGCGAUAGAAUCUGGAGUACAGCCUACUGCUUAUACGUCGGUAAACUCGGCCCACUCUUUUAACCGCGAAGAUGCUCAUUUUCUAAGUUCGUCGCUGGAUUCAUCCAAUGUUUCAAACGUUGACGCAGCGAACGGCGAAAAGAAAAAAAAGCGAAAACGAGUAGUUGCGAUAAGGAAUCUCUACGCAUAUCAUUGCAUCGCUUGUAAGCAAAAUUUCAAGAAAAUAAAUCGUCUAAAGAAAACUCAUUGCGACAAUUGCGAGAGCGAAUUAUUACUUCAAUGUUUGACUUGCCAUUCGAACUUCAAAAACUACAAUAAUGUGUACAGUCACUUGAGGGACAAUCAUGCUCUCGUAUGGCAAAGAAACCGGGAUAAGGAAAACGACUCGAAUGUUUUGAAUAAAUCGUUGCCGCGUAGCAGUGGUAUCUUAGAGCAAGCAAAUUCCAGCAAAGUCGAUGAGAGCAUUCCAUCUGUCGCAGAGCGUGUUAUGGACACGACACCAGCUAUUAACGAAAGCAAAUCCGCCGAGUCGAUGAAUAAAGAGGAAAUCUGCCCAACAUGCGGGGAAAUCCGCGUCAACGAAAGUACAAGUUUCUGUUUUGAUGAAAAAAUCUUCCGGUGCUAUAGCUGCGUCACCCGAGGUCUCGACUUUAGAUGCUGCCACCAGAACACUUUGCAACGCCACAUCGCUACUGAGCACAAGGGCGCGAGACGGGUACUACACUCUAAGGCUGACUACUGUGGACAAUAGCAUUCGCUUGACUGAUCACGCAAUGAAAAAUUUAUAGUUUAAUACUUAACGAGGGAUUCAUACGUUACAGAUCUGAAUGUCCUGAUAGGUUAAGUCGUUCUGCACACUGCAACGACUGGUUGGUCAUGUUGUCACGAAAUUUUCUUUUUAAUCUCACAUUUUAUUGAUUUUAUUACGAUGAUUUUCUCAUUAGUAUAUUGUAUAUAUUUUAAAGAUAUCGUAGUAAACGCUGCAAAAAUUAUAUUGCAAUGAGAAGUAGCGAAAGUAAUUAUUUAAACAAAAUCCGAACUCACUUAUUGUCGCAUAUUAUAAAAUACAGAAAUAAGUAAUUGCUUUUUUUGAUUCCAUAAUGGCUUAAUGUGUUGGUUUGGACUUUGUUAAAAUUUAAGAACUUUCAUGAUUGUAUAGUAUCCUAUUAUAUGUAAAAUAAUUAAGUACAUUUUUUAACACUUUUAAUUAUCAACAAGACAUUGAUGGGUGAUCUGAA